AAUUGUUACAAAAUGAACAAUACAUCUAGUAUAAUAGUAUUUUCACUGUCUGGCUUCAAUGCAACAGUCAACUAUAGAGUCACACUUUUCUCUCUCACUGUAUUAACUUACUGUGUCAUUCUGGUCUUAAAUGUGUCUCUCAUUUUAACCAUUAUCCUGGAUAAGAACCUCCAUGAACCUAUGUACAUCUGUUUGUGUAACCUGUUUAUUAAUGAACUUUAUGGGACUGCAGGUUUUUUCCCAAAAUUUGCUUUUGAUCUUCUGUCUGAUGUUCAUGUAAUAUCAUAUGUUGGAUGUCUUUUACAAAUCUUUGUUAUUUACUCCUAUGUAAAUGUUGGCUACACAGUUUUGGCUCUAAUGGCUUAUGAUAGGUAUGUGGCCAUAUGUCGACCACUGGAGUAUCACUCUGUAAUGUCAUUGAGAAGGACUGCUGUGUUAGUUGCUUUGUCCUGGCUUGUACCGUUGUGCUCUAAACUUAUAGUUGUAACUUUGACAACUAGGCUGAAAUUAUGUGGCUCACACAUAGAGAAAAUCUACUGUGAGAACUGGGCAGUUGUUAAACUGGCUUGUGGUUCAACCAAAGCUAAUGACAUUUUUGGAUUGUUUUUUAUUUCCUUCUAUAUAGGACAUGUCCUCUUCAUUUUGGUUUCAUAUGUGCAGGUGGUAAAAUCAGCUUUAAAAUCCAGAGAGGGCAGGAGAAAGUUUACACAGACAUGUGUGCCACAUUUAUUGUGUUUGUUGAAUGUCACAGCUGCUUUGCUCUUUGACCUCAUGUACUCGAGAUAUGGAUCAGCAUCUGUGCCACAGAGUGUGAAGAACUUCAUGGCCAUACAGUUUCUCCUGAUCCCACCUAUACUCAACCCUAUUAUUUAUGGGCUGAUUCUGACAAAAAUUCGAGGUAAAGUGAACUCUUUGUGCAUGAUGGUAGGUGAAAGGUUUAAAUUGGGACUUAGGGUUUGA